AUGGCAGUAAUGACAGGUAUGACGGGGGAUACUGCCUACUUAAGAGAUCGCUGGUGUGUUUUUGAUGGAGUUAUGGUCGUUUUCCUUUGGGUUUCACUGGUGUUGCAGGUAUUUGAAAUUGCUGAUAUAGUUGAUCAGAUGUCACCUUGGGGCAUGUUGCGGAUCCCAAGGCCACUAAUUAUGAUCCGAGCAUUCCGAAUUUAUUUCCGAUUUGAACUACCGAGGACCAGAAUUACGAAUAUUCUAAAGCGAUCAGGAGAACAAAUAUGGAGUGUUUCAAUUUUCUUACUUUUCUUUCUGCUUCUUUAUGGAAUUUUAGGAGUUCAAAUGUUUGGAACGUUUACCUAUCACUGUGUGGUAAAUGACACAAGACCAGGGUAA